AUGCCCGGUCUAUGCUUGUUUUGUCUCACUGCCGUGCUCGCUGCAUUCACACGGUUCGCGGAGACCGUGGGGACCGUGGUCCGAUGCGAGCCGUGUGACACGGUGGCUCUCAUGCAGUGCAAGCCUCUGGCAAAAGACUGCGCCGACAGCGUACGGGAGCCUGGCUGUGGGUGCUGUCUGACGUGCGCCCUUGCGGAGGGUCAGGCGUGUGGAGUGUACACCGGGCGCUGUGGCUCCGGGCUGACUUGUCAGCACCAACCCGGGGAGACCCGACCACUGCAAGCCCUGCUAGAGGGACGGGGAGCGUGCUCCAGCGUCGCGUCCAAAAAACUCAGCACCAUUCUGCUACCCACACAGAAACAAGAGAACGCAGGCAGGGAGCAGGUGGUGGCGGGGGAAGAGUGGCGUACCAAUGUCACCGUGAUGACAACCAUGGCGGUGGGUGUGGUUGUUGUUGAAGGCGGAGGCGGCAAACAUCGAAUGACGAUAGAGGCCAAACCGCCGCUGCACACCAAGCUGGAUGUGAUCAAGAAGGAGCAGAAUAAGAAGAGCCAGAGCUACAAGAUGGAGUCAGGAUCUGAGGGAGUCAAAGCCAACAUUCCCAGGUUUUCUCUGGAGGACAAGAGGGAGACCGAAUAUGGCCCAUGCAGGAGAGAGAUGGAGAGCAUUCUGAACAGUCUGAAAAUCACCAAUGUGCUCAUCCCCAGAGGCGUCCGCAUCCCCAACUGUGACAAAAAAGGAUUCUACAAGAAAAAACAAUGCCGUCCAUCCAAAGGGAGGAAGCGAGGUUACUGCUGGUGUGUGGAUAAGUACGGUCAGCCUCUCCCCAGCUACGAUGGAAAGGAGAGAGGAGAAUCCCAGUGCAACAACCUGGAGAACAAAUGAGAAGCAGAGAGAGAAUGGAUGGAUGGAGAGAAAGAACGAAGGAAUAGGAGAGAGACUUUUUUUCACUCCGGCACUUCAC